AUGGUUCUAGAAGCAGAAGAUCUCCCCGACUACAAGAACAUCCCCCCGGUGCAAGGUAUGCCUCAUGGCUGCGCGUGGGGCUUGUUCGACAAAGAUGGGGUCAUAGACCAGUUGGGCACUCUGAAUCUGCUCACUCCAAAGAAGGUGCUACGUGCCAAAGAAGAGAUCCAGGCAGGAGUCAGUGUAUCACUCAACUGGCCACUUGAGCGCAUCAAAAACCCUGGACACAAUCGAAAUCCCAUAAUUCAUAAGUUCCUGGAUCUGAAGCCCGCGUUGGUGGGACACGACGAUGAAAUCACCAUCAAUACCCAAACCAGUAGUCAGUGGGAUGGCUUGCGUCACUGGGCCUUCCAAGAGACUGAACAAUACUACAAUGGAUUGACACAUGAUGAGAUCAGUGGACCCAACCCGAACAGCAGGAACGGCAUUCAAGAAUGGCUCAAGAGAGGAGGAGUCACGGGAAGAGGCAUACUGCUCGAUUAUGUUGCGUGGGCGGAGCACAAGAGUAUCAAGUACCGGGCCGACAGCAAACAUCUGAUCAGCGAGAAAGAUCUUGACGAAGUUGCGAAAUGGCAGGGCUCAGAAUUCCUGCCAGGCGAUCUCCUCUUUGUCCGCACAGGUUGGAUUAAGUGGUACAACGAAUCGACCGACGAGGAAAGAGUGCAGGGCAGUAAGAUGAACCACAACUACUGCGGGGUGGAGGGAACAGCAUCGUCUAUUGAGUGGUUGUGGAAUCAUCACUUCGCUGCCCUCGUGGCAGACAACAUGGCUUUUGAGGCUUGGCCAGCCGUGAUGCCCUACCGCAUCCAUGACACUGCACUCGGUCUCUGGGGUACCCCUUUGGGAGAAUUGUGGGAUUUGGAAGCACUGGCGGCUGAAUGCAAAAAACAGAAGAGGUGGACUUUCUUUGUGACGAGUGCGCCGCUGAACAUUGAAGGUGGUGUAGCAAGCCCACCCAAUGCCAUUGCUGUCCUAUAG